GGAAAAUGGGAAAGUUGUAGGCAUUAAAGUUUAUAGGUAGAGCUGGGGACAAAUCUUCUUAUUGAUUCUUAAUUAACAGCCGCAUCUCUGGUCUUUCUCCCUCUCACAUAUUCAAAGUCGCCUCUGUUUGCGGGCAGAGGGUGCAGAGACUCCGGCCAGGUCGCAUAGACCACCAGCUGCCUCUUUCCAUCGCCGGCCGGCCUAUUAACGUCUUUCUUGGUGUUUGAUACAUAGGAGCUAUGGAUAACGGCUUAGGUGAGAAGCUGCUUACUUCUCAAGUAGAUAAGAAAGAUGAUGACCUGAAAGUCAAGGUAUACAAUGAAUCCAAGAAGAUAUGGAGAGUUGCAUUUCCCGGUAUACUAUCACGAGUGGCUUCAUUUGGAAGUAUAGUGGUGACACAAUCAUUCAUUGGGCACAUCGGUGAACUUGAUCUUGCUGGUUAUGCACUUGUUCAAACUCUCUUAGUUCGCUUUGUGAACGGAAUAUUGAUAGGGAUGUCGAGUGCAACAGAAACUCUAUGUGGACAAGCAUAUGGAGCAAGGCAGUAUUACAUGAUGGGCAUUUACUUGCAAAGGUCAUGUGUUGUUGAAUUGAUCACAAUGACCAUCUUGCUUCCCUUUUUCAUCUUUGCAACCCCAAUCUUGAGGCUUCUUGGGGAGCAAGAAGACAUAGCAAGGUCAGCUGGAUAUAUCGCCCUAUGGUUCAUUCCUAUUGGCUACAGCUUUGUGUUUGCAAUCAGCAUCCAAAUGUAUCUCCAAGCACAGCAGAAGAACACGAUUGUUGCAUGGCUAUCGACAUCGCAGUUUGUCAUUCAUGUUCCUUUGUCUUGGUUGCUAGUUUACAAGUUUGAGUUUGGGGUAACUGGAGCAAUGUUUGCCUUGUGUGUGUCUUCUUGGUUCGUUGUGAUUGGGGAGUUGGUCUACUUACUUGGAGGUUGGUGUCCAGCUACAUGGAGAGGUUUUACCAUUGCUGCCUUCAAAGAUAUAUUACCUGUUGUGAAGCUCUCCAUAGCCUCCGGGAUUAUGCUUUGUCUGGAGCUUUGGUACAGUGCAGUCUUGGUCCUACUAGCUGGAUAUAUGAAGAACGCAGAGGUGGCCAUAUCAGCAUUCUCAGUCUGCCUUAAUAUAAAUUCAUGGAUAUUCAUGAUAACCCUUGGGUUCGUCGGCGCUGCUUGCGUGCGGAUCGCAAAUGAACUUGGCAGAGGAGAUGCUAAAGCUGCAAAAUUCUCUAUUAAAGUCCUUGUAGGAACUUCAGUUGUGAUCGGAGUGUUCUUCUCUAUAAUAGACUUGGCGUUUAGUAACAAAAUUGGGUACUUGUUUAGUGAUGAAAAAGAGGUUGCAGAAGCUGUGGCAGACCUCUCUCUCUUGACCUCCACCUCCAUAUUGCUCAACAGCUUUUAUGCAGUACUCUCAGGUGUGGCAAUUGGAGCUGGCUUACAAAGCACAGUUGCUGUUAUAAACCUUUGUUGCUUUUAUCUUAUUGGAAUACCGGUUGGAGCUUUGCUUGGCUAUGUAGCCCAUCUUGAAGUCAAGGGUAUAUGGACUGGAAUGAUAUGUGGGGUUGUAAGUGUAUCAGUUGCCUUACUCUACAUGACAUGGAGAACAAACUGGGAUAAUGAGGUAGCUAAGGCCAAACAACGCCUUGACAAGUUCUAUUUGAAGAUUGAAGAAAAUUCUAAUCAACCCCCUCAACUAGCUUAAGAUUGAGGAAAGAUAUAAUCAACUUCUUCAACUAGCUUGAGCUUCUUGCAAAUAUUUUUGAAUGUCUUUCCACGAAACUUCUAUAACAUAUCCGGAACGUAAUAAUGGACGUUAAUGAUCAAUCAGAAUGAUCUAUCUAUACCGGAUUUGCUUCAUGGCUAAAUGUAUUUCGAUUUCUUCUGAAAAGUUUUAAUCUUCAUUAAUUAUCUCAAUAAGUAUUAAAUGUGAUUCCAAAUUUGCA